GGCAGACUCCUACAUACAGUGCUCUCAUACCCCACCACAUCUCAUAUUGGCUUCCUAGACUGACAAUUCACUAGGGACAGCUCGAAAAUGGAGACAGUCAUGAAUGCCAUGCAGGGCUAUGGGGUGAGCACCACUAAUUACCUCCAGACCAACUAUAAGGAUGCCCAGGGUUUGUUCCUGUGGGUGUCCUGGGCUGCUGACCUCAGGAACACCUUCUUCAUCUUCUUCCCUCUCUGGUUCCACCUGCGGGAGUCGGUGGGCAUCAAGCUCAUCUGGGUGGCAGUGAUCGGAGACUGGCUCAACAUGGUCUUCAAGUGGUGAGUCGUACUGUUUAUUAAUGUGUUAUGUAUGGUUUAUGCAAAUAAAUGGUUACUGGGCUACAUCUGGCAAGUUGAAAUGUUGAUAAAUGUGCACAGUCCCUGUCAAUUUAAUUAAAAUAAAAUGCAAUAGACUUAAAUUCCCCGCAUUCAUCUUAAUUGUAAGUGGCUUGUGCUUCCUUCCUAAGGAUUCUGUUUGGUGAGAGGCCGUAUUGGUGGGUCCAUGAAACACCUUACUACAUCAAUACCACUGCACCUCACAUUGAACAGUACCCCAUGACCUGUGAAACUGGCCCAGGUAAGAAGCAUCACUUUACUUCCAUAUACUUUUACCAUAGUGCCUUAUGAUAUGAAAUAUACACUCCCCUGCAUAUUUAUUUGGAAAGUGAAGUGAAAACUUUUAAUUUGGCUCUAUACUCCAGCAUUUUGGAUUAGAGAUCAGAUUUUUCAUAUGAGGUGACAGUACAGAAUGUCACCUUUUAUAUAAGGGUAUUUUCAUACAUAUCUGUUUUACCAUUUAGAAAUGAAAGCACUUUAUGUAUCUAGUCCCCCCAUUUGAAAGUGUCAUAAGUAUUUGGACAAAUUCACUUUGAGGGUAUUUUCAUACAUAGCUCUUUUACCAUUUAGAAAUGAAAGCACUUUGUUGAAAGCCCUUUACAAAAAAAGUUAUUCAAAAUGACACAAUACAUUAUUAACCAUUCAUUUCUAUUGGGCACAACAUCAUCCGAAACGCAACCAAAACAAACUGCAAAUGCAUCCAGCAAGUAUGUAGUCAAAGGUUUAGUAUUUGAUCCCAUAUUUCUAUCUCACAAUGACUACAUCAAGCUUGUGACUCUGCAAAUUUAUGGAUGCAUUUGCAGUUUGUUUUGGUUGCAUUUUAGAUUAUGUUGUGCCUAAUAGAAAUUAAUGGUAAAUAAUGUAUUGUGUCAUUUUGGAGUCACUUUUUUGUAAAGUGCUUUCAACAAAGUGCUUUCAUUUCUAAACGGUAAAACAAAUAUUUUUAAAAAUACCUUCAAAUAAAAGGUCACAUUCUGUACUGUUGCCUCAUAUGAAACAUUUGAUCUCAAAUCCAAAAUGCUGGAAUAUAGAGACAAAUUAAAAGUUUUAGCUUAUAUGUGUAUGGGAGUGUAUAUGCUAUGAUUCAGUGAAUAUAGCCAACGCUUUAUAAUUGUAAUGAUGUUGAUAAUAUUAAUGGUUUACAAUAUUAUAUAGUAUUGUGUUGGGUUUUCAUUUUACUUGAAUAAAGUGCUAUGACCAUUGACUGAAGUAUGCCUCUCUGUCUGUGUGCCUGGUAGGCAGUCCCUCCGGCCACGCUAUGGGAGCCGCAGGCAUCUACUAUACUCUGGUCACCUCCAUCCUAGCCAUCAUGCUGACCAAGAGUGAGACGAGAUCUUCCUCCAAGGGCCUGUAAGUUCCAGAACCUUCAACCCCUCUUUCUCUUGUCCUCAGUGAUCUUGUUCUUGUUUGCCAUCUUUCGUUCAGUGCUUAUCAGUUUUCUCCCACCUAUCUGUGAAGCACUGUAGUUGAUGAUUUACCCUGAAAACUAACUUCAGUUGUCGAAGGGAAGGGGAUGUGCAAAAGAUUCCAUUCGAGCGGUUUUGUUGUAAAAUCAAAGGAAGCAACAGUCUAUUAAAAGUAUUACAUGUGUAGCAGUAGAAGCCUAUUUACCUGUAGUGACACAGGAAAAACAAAUUCCCCUGCUGUGAAUAAUAUUCAUUUGCACAUUUACUGGUAUUCAAGGUUUCUUAUACACUAUCUUAGCAGCCAGACAAAUUUCAAAACGCUUAAAGAUGUAUUUGCUGAAGGUUCCUCUCCCUCUCCCCUUGUCUGGGCAGGUAUCUGCGGGGCACUCUGUGGGCAUUCUUCUGGGCGGUCCAGGUGUGUGUCUGUCUCUCCAGAGUCUUCAUUGCUGCCCACUUCCCCCACCAGGUCAUCUGUGGAGUCAUCACAGGUCAGUAUGAAGCCCUUAUACCAGCCCUUAUAACAACCCUCAUAAAUAUGGUACAAAAUGUGCAGAUUGUUCAACUACAUGAUGCUAAUAUUACGUUUUCUAUUUGAUUUCCAGGUAUGGUUGUGGCCGAGGCCUUCGAAAGAACCCAGUGGAUCUACGGAGCCAGUCUGAAGAAGUACUUCUACACCACCCUCUUCCUGCUCUCCUUCGCUGUGGGCUUCUACGUGCUGCUGAAGGCUCUAGGCGUGGACCUGCUGUGGACCCUAGAGAAAGCCCAGAAGUGGUGUGUGAGAGCCGAAUGGGUCCACAUGGACUCCACCCCCUUCGCCAGCCUCCUGCGCAACAUGGGCACCCUGUUUGGCCUGGGCCUGGGCCUGCACUCUCCCCUCUACACUGAGAGCAAGAAGAGCAGCAGCACCCUCUUUAGGACGGGAUGUAUCGUCACCUCGCUGCUCCUGCUGCACCUCUUUGACUCCUUCAAGCCCCCCACGCACACUGCCACUGUCUUCUACCUACUGUCUUUCUGCAAGAGCGCCACUGUCCCCCUGGCAACCGUCAGCAUCAUCCCCUACUGCGUGUCUGGAGCUCUGAGCAGCGUGCAGAGCAAGAAGCAUAUGUGAGGUCGUUGGCGGUCAACACGUACAGAUAUGGAUAUGACUCCAGAAUUGAACCGUGCUUUAAUCCUCAAUUAUUUCAUACAUUGACUUUCUUCCCAAAUAGCCCAAGCGAUCAACAAGCCCUUGUGGUCUUUGUCUUCCCUACUUUCAUCCAGUCACUCACUGCAAAUGUCUUAUUUUCCUAUUUACACACAGUGUGAACACUAAAAUGAAAGCACUAUCCAGUGAAUUACUCAGUGGCACUUAAGACCCUGUGAUUUGAUUGUAUAAAAAAUGAUAAUUUAUAAGUAGUUCAGUGCGAACUCAUGAGUCCAGCAAGUUAAUGUUCCCAUUUUGAAAACGAGAUAAAGCCGAAUCAAAUCCAGGAGAAAAUGAGCCCAAAAGCUCUGUCAGGGACUUUAGUGGCCCGCUUUACAGUGCGUUCUAAGAAUAUGUUAUAUAUAAAUAACUUUGUUAAUAUUUGUUUUGUAACAGUAUUUUUCCUGUUUAAUAUAUUUUUUGAAAUUCUGUCAGAUAUUUAUAAUAAAAAUCUUUCAAAAUAUAUCACUGAACAUGUGCUAACAUUACUAAACAUACUGUUAGGGAUCAGUUCAGACACAUGAUUCUACAUUCAGUUUAAUUGUUUCCUAACGUUAAACUAUCAGCAAGUCCACAAAACUUUGAAACUGCAGCAGUGGUAAAAUUGAAAUCAUCACACUAUCAGUGACAUGCGUCUACAGAACAAGUACACAUUGUAAAAAAAAAAAAAAAAAAAACUAUUUGUACAGUACAUAUAAACAGAGCCAAACCAGUGGUCAUCAACCCUAUAUGGAGCCCU